UAAGUAGUUACAAUGCGAUCAACUUCAACGCCCAUGAUAUAAAUUGACAAAUUUUGGCGACCUUGCGGUUAACAAUUCCCACAACGAGUAUCAUACAACAGAUAAUUUGUAAAAGUGAAUUAAUUGCUGAUACUUUCGCAUUAAUAACAAAAAAUUGGCGAAGGCCUGGGCGCAGUCGAACGGUGGUUCCGAGUACAUAAAGUUGAGUGAGUGCUGGAUAAAAAUAAGGCCUCCAAAAUGAUCCUGUCACGUUAUCACAUGGAAACUGUAUUUUAUAUAAUGCUAUUUGUGGUAAAAAUUUCAUCGAAAUUGCUUGGUCCUGUCAUCCGAUUCGCGGCGAAAGGAAAGAAACAAGUAUUACCACCGAUAGCGAAUGAUAUUAUCAAAAUUAGCGCGACUGAUUUAGCAGAAAAAAUUAGAAAAAGAGAGAUUUCUACUCUCCAAAUAUGUAAAGCGUACAUAGCCAGAAUAAGCGAAGUAAAUCCAUUUUUGAACGCUAUUACCGAAGAAAGGUUCUACGACGCCUUGAAAGAAGCCCAAGAAAUCGAUGAUUUCUUGUCCACAACUAAGAUGACUAGCGAGCAAUUAGCAGAAACGAAACCACUCCUUGGGAUACCCAUAACAGUAAAGGAAAGCUGCAGUGUAAAGGGCAUGGAAUUAUCCGUGGGCAACCUCGCCUUAUCGGGAACGAAGGCUAGUGAAGAUGGAGCAGCCGUGGCUAGAUUAAGGUCCAAAGGAGCCAUCCCUUUACUCGUCUCCACAACGCCGGAAUUUUGCUUCUCCACCGUGAGCGAAAACAAAACUCGAGGCAAGACGAAUAAUCCAUACGAUACUACUUGUACUACAGGAGGUUCUUCUAGUGGAGAGGGCGCAUUGGUCGGUUCUGGAGCAUCAAUCGUAGGCAUUGGAUCCGAUUUAGGAGGUUCCGUUCGCAUUCCUGCGGGAUUGUGCGGUGUAUUUGGACACAAAGCUACAGGAGGAGUUGCAAGUAGCGAUGGACAUUUUCCUGCAACCGCAGAAGAAACAAAGUAUUUCAGCGCUAUCGGGCCCCUAGUGAGGUAUGCUAAAGAUUUAAAGUUGGUUAUGAACGCUUUGGUUGAACCUCAACACGUGUCAAAGCUAAAGUUAAAUCAGCAGGUAGAUUUAAAUGAUAUUGAAAUUGCCAUUAUGGAAGACAUGAACCAUUCAUCGUAUCCCGAAACCGAUCCAGAAAUUAAAGCGGCUUUACAAAAAGCAGCGAUGUAUUUGCAAAAGAAAUUCGGCUCGAAAAUAGUAAACGACAAAAUCGAAGGCCUCACUGAAGUAACAAACAUCGCAAGUUACACCAUAAUUGCCAGUGAAAAGGGCGAAGAAGCCUUAAACCAUCCAGCUCCAUUGUGGGAGUUCAUUAAAGGCCUCUUCGGCUCGUCGGAUUUCUCCACACCGUUCGCUUGCACCUUGUUCCAGACCAGAGUUCUGGCGCUGCUGCUCGACUACAAGCCUAACGAGCUGAUCGCCGUUCGUGAGAAAAUUUGGAAAUUUUUCGGCAACAACAGGAUCCUACUGAUUCCCACGUCGUUUUCGUCGGCGAAAAAGCACGAGGAAUAUUUAUUUAGUUCGCUGGAUAUCGCUUAUACCGUGUUUGCAAAUAGUUGCGGGUUACCUGCCACUACCGUACCCUGCGGAUUGAAUAAAAAGAAAAUGCCGUUCGGUAUUCAGGUCAUCGCAGGACCGUACCAAGACAGGAUCUGUCUCGCAGUGGCCGAAGAAUUAGAAAAAUGCUUCGGGGGUUGGACACCCCCUUCUAAAUACAUGUAAGCUAACAUUGUAAAAUAACUUAAAUGAAAAACUUAAUCCGGAAGCUUCAGAGGUAUUAAGUAUUCCUAUUAUAUUAGUUUUAAUCUUAAAAUAAACGUGAAAAUUUGUCUCGAAAAACACAUUAAAACGAUAAUAAUCA